AUGAGCUUCAAUAUUCCUAUUAUCUUUGACGACUCUCCGUUUUUCGACUGGGGCGAUGUACGGCGACCACAACACAGACGAAAUUGCCAAAGCAGUGGCAGACGACAGCCUAGUGUAUUUGGGCAGUGGGAGGAUCCAGAGUUUUUCUACGAUUAUCCUGCUAGAAAGCAACAUUACAGACCGAAGUAUAGUGAAAGGCAACGGGAAUAUGACAGACAAUCUCCCGAAAAACACAGCUUUGAUGAUGAGGGGGCACAAGAGGAUAUCUAUGACACUGAGGAACAGAGAAGAGCACCAAGGAGUAAUUUCGGUUAUGAUGGCUGGGACAUACCGGUACAACAUAUGGAUAGAGCAAGCCACAAACAUCACAAACAUAAACAUAUGCCAAAACAGAAGUCUAAAGCACAUCAUGAUAUUAGCUAUGAUAACGAAGAGCCUAAACGACCACAAAGGAAGGUAAACGAAGCAAGCAAUGCUAACGAGGUUGCUUCUGAUACUGAAACUAAAACAGAACAUAGCAAUGUGGCACUGAAUGUUAAAACUGGAAAACAAUCAAAAAUAAUCCCUGAAAAAGAAAAUAUGGAACAACAAUCAAAUGAUGAUUCAAACACCAAAUACUUUUCCCAAACAACCGAAGGUUCUUCCCAAACAACUGAAUCAGAAAACGACAGUACCGAAAUACCAAUAUCAUACACCUCUCCAAAGAACACACAUAGACGGCAAUCCAAACGCUUAAGCCAGUGCGAUCCUCCUUCCCCUGCAGACAUCAAACUUGUAAGGAUAAAAUCGAUUGUUCAAAAAAUGGAAGGAAUGGAAGAAAAAAUUGCAGAGUUUGUAGAUCCAGCUCAAAACAAGAACUAUUUAUAUAUUAGCGAGACUCUAAUGAAGAUACUGCUGGAUUUAGAUACUGUAGAUUCAGAAGGAUUUGACAAUGUUCGCAAAGCUCGGAAAGAGGGUGUGAGGACUGCGCAGGCAUUGGUGGACAAGCUUGAAGCAAAAUUAGAAGAAAAUAAAAGAAAUUCCAAUCAAGAAUAG